CCGGGCCGCCGCUGAGUCGCUGCUGCCACGGCCGCGUCCCGUACACUCAACAGGCAGCUGCGCGACCGGGGGAGUGAGUCAGGCUGCAGCUGGCGGCCGCGCUGAGCCCCGCGGACCCCACGGCCGCGCUGGCGGGUGCCCCAGCCGGACAGCACCGACCCUCCCCGGGAGCCUUGAUGAAGUGGCGGAGCUAAGUGUCCUUCUCCCUCCCCCUACUCCGGGCUCCUGCCCGGGGCUCCCGCUCCCCCCUCUGCUCGCCCCGGGAGCGCUGCGCUCCCUCCAGCCCCGUUCCGCUCCUUCCUGCGGGCUCUCUGCCCGCAGCCUCCCCGGCUGCCUCCCCCGGAGCCCGUCCCCUCCCCACCACCACCAUGGCUGAAGCGCCCCAGCUCGUGGACAUCGACCCCGAUUUCGAGCCGCUGCCCCGGCCCCGCUCCUGCACCUGGCCCCUGCCCAGACCGGAGUUCAACCCGUCCAGCUCGGCCACCUCCAGCCCGGCGCCGUCCUGCGGGGGGCAGCCCGACGGGGCCGCCUCUGCCUCGGCGGUCAGCGUCGAUUUCAUCGGCAACCUGAGCCUGCUGGAGGAGAGCGAAGACUUCGAGCCGCCGCCGCCCCCGGCCACCGCGGGUGCAGCAGAAGGGGCCGCUCCCGGUGGCGGCUGCCUGUGCGGGGACUUCCAGUGCCAGGAGGCCGGCUGCCUCCACCAGCAGCAACAGCAGCCCGGACCGCCGCUCCAGCAGCAGCACCCCCCGCCGGUGUCUGCCCUGUCCGCGGGUCCCAUCCCCGGCCAGCCCCGCAAGAGCAGCUCGGCCCGCCGCAACGCCUGGGGCAACCUGUCCUACGCCGAUCUGAUCACCAAGGCCAUCGAGAGCGCCCCGGAAAAGCGGCUCACCCUGUCUCAGAUCUACGAGUGGAUGGUCAAGAGCGUCCCCUACUUCAAGGAUAAGGGCGACAGCAACAGCUCGGCCGGCUGGAAGAAUUCAAUUCGUCAUAACCUGUCGCUGCACAGCAAGUUUAUCAGGGUGCAGAAUGAAGGAACAGGAAAAAGUUCUUGGUGGAUGCUCAACCCUGAAGGAGGAAAGAGUGGAAAGUCACCUAGGAGAAGAGCAGCGUCCAUGGACAACAACAGCAAGUUCGCGAAAAGCAGAGGAAGAGCUGCCAAGAAAAAGGCAGCCCUUCAGUCAGGCCAAGAAGGAAAUGGAGACAGCCCCGGAUCACAGUUUUCAAAGUGGCCUGCAAGCCCCAGCUCACACAGUAAUGAUGACUUUGAUAACUGGAGUACCUUUAGACCUAGAACUAGCUCUAAUGCUAGUACAAUUAGUGGAAGGCUUUCUCCAAUCUUGACAGAACAAGAUGACCUUGGAGAUGGGGAUGUGCACUCUAUGGUAUAUCCUUCAUCAGCUACCAAAAUGGCUUCUACUCUACCCAGCCUUUCAGAGAUGAGCAAUUCUGAAAAUAUGGAGAAUCUUUUGGAUAAUCUCAACCUCUUGUCACCUAGUACAUCACUGACCGUAUCAACCCAGUCUUCACCAGCUACAAUGAUGCAGCAAACACCAGGUUAUUCAUUUGCAUCACCAACCACAAGUAUAGGUUCACCAAAUCCAGACUACCGAAAAUUUACAUAUGCUCAAGCUAGCAUGAACUCUUUGCCCCAGAUGCCUAUGCAAACUCUUCAAGACAGUAAAUCAAGCUAUGGAACGAUCAGCCAAUAUAACUGUCCUGCAGGACUCCUGAAGGAAUUACUAACUUCUGAUUCUCCGCCGCACAAUGAUAUCUUGACAUCAGUAGAUACUGGUGUUUCUCAACCUAGUGGUAGAGUAUUGGGCCAAAAUGUGCUGAUGGUCACAGAUUCAGUGAUGUCAACAUAUGGUAACCAACCAUCCCACAACAAAAUGAUGACUCCCAGUGCCCACCCACACCAAGGACGUAAUCAGCCAACAGUUGCAGUUAAUGGUCGUGCCUUGUCACACACAGUGAACACCAUGUCACAUACUUCAGGUUUAAAUCGUUUGUCCACGGUGAAAACUUCAUUACAAGUGCCUAUGAGUCACCCAAUGCAUAUGAAUACAAUGAACCCUUAUGCUGCUGUUAACAGUUGCAAUGGCUAUGGAAGAGUGGGAAUUGUUUCUCUCCAUCAGGAGAAGCUUCCCAGUGACUUAGAUGACAUGUUAAUUGAACGGUUGGACUGUGACAUGGAGUCAAUUAUUCGUAAUGACCUUAUGGAUGGAGAAACAUUAGAUUUUAACUUUGACAGUGUGUUGCCUAACCAAAGUUUUCCACACAGUGUAAAGACUACCACACACAGCUGGGUGUCGGGCUAGGAGUUAGUGCAAGGCUACAGUUUAAAGCUCUUCAGACUUGUCUGACAACAGGAACUGAGAAAAGUAGUCCAAAGAUGUCCUUCGCCCUUCUUUUAGUUUUCUUGAUAAAACUGUUCUCAUUUUUUCCUUUUGUCAGAAUUGGCAGCAAACAGACUUUUCCUGUACAGGAUGUUUGCCCAGUGUUUGCAGGUUAUGUGCUGCUGUAGAUAAGAACUGUGCCAUUGGAAAUUUCAUUACUCUGAAGUGCCAAAUUCACUACACCAUAUAAUCACAGAAAAUACUUUUGCAUCAUGUUGUGCUUUCGGUUUUUGUACAGUAUGAGCUGUAGAUGGAGAAUUGUUUUUUUUUAAAUAUCUGUUUGGUCCAAAAAAACUAUAAACUUUUUGUAAUACUGUGGUGGUCUCAUGCCCUAAGUAAGUUUAACUUUUAUUGAAGUUAACAUCUGCUGAACUGAUGAUUUGAGAUAAAUGUGGACUUUGUUUUGCAGCUAUAUGAACUGCCUUGUAUUUGUUAAAAUUGAUACACAUUUCAUAUGAGAAAAGAGAGGCCUGGUAAAUAAGAUCCAGCUAAGCUCAUUGAAUAGUCAAAUGUUCAAAACAAACAAUAGAUUAAAUGGCAAUUGGUAUGUUACUGAUAUUUUUAUUAUGUAAAUUUAUGCAAAGAUAUUUGUGGAUCUGAUUUCCAGAUUAAUGAAUGUUAUUGUUGGACUUGAGAGAAUAUUUGAAAUAGUUAUAAAGCUAUUUUGUUCUUAUAAUUAAAGUCUACUUUGCUAUAUAGCCUACCUAAAAAUUUACAGAAUCUAAAAUCUGGCAGCGUUCAUAACCUUCAUUUAUACAGUAUUUUAACUGGAUGAAGUGAACAUUUUUAGAUAUGUGCUUAGCACCUUAGAGUGCUACUAAAGAAAGAGAAAACCUUG